AUGGAGUACUCUCUAAGUGCCCUAUUGGUACAGAAUAAUGAUGCUGGCCAUGAGCAGGAGCCAUGUACUAACAAUGUGGCUGAGUAUAAUGCGCUACUCAUUAGACUCAAGCUGGCAAGAGAGUUAGAGAUAAAACAUCUCGAGGCCUACGCCGACUCUCAGCUCAUUGUCAAGCAAAUGAUGGGGGAAUAUGAAGUUAGAAAUGAAGACCUGAUCCAGCUUCAGAAAGCAUCUACCAAGCUAGUUAAGUCAUUCGAAAGCUUCCGCAUCGAGCAUGUGCUUCAUUCUAGGAACACACAUGCGGACGCCCUCGCAUCCUUAGCGGCUAAUUUAGCUCAGCCACUAGAAACAACUCAAUGUGUCCCUAUGGUGAGCCGACGACUCUUUCGACCAGAAGACGUUCUAGACAUGAACGCCACUCACCAGGUUUCGGAUCAACCCGACCCAAAAGAUUGGCAUCUCUUGAUCAUUGAUUAUGUCUUGUACGGCAUGCUUCCCGAAGACGCUAUGGAGCAAGAGUCUGUCCGUCGACGUGCCUCAAGGUUCUACUACGAUUCGACCACAAAGACGUUGUAUCGCAAGUCAUAUGAUGGCUUGUUACUUCUAUGUCUUUCAAAGACAGAAGCAUAA